UGGAAAUUUGAGUGUCCAAUGAUCAUUCAUAUCGAAUCAUUGUUCGGAUACACAUUGGACAUUUAGAGUGAUCAUCAUCAUCAUCAUCAUUAUCAAAAAAAAUCGCACAACGAUUAUUCUUGACCAUUUGUUCAUUACAAUCAAUCAUAAGCUCAAAAAUGAAACGAAACGUUUCAGCCACAAUGGUUGCUACCAAUAGAUUUGAACAACAAUUACACCAUCAUCAACAGUCACAUGAACAAAUGAAAUUGUUUCAAUGUUCCGGCAAUGAUGUUCAUCAUCCUCAUCACCAUCAUCGUCGUUCACACGAGCAUCAUACAUCGAUCGGCAUGGUCGAUUCGGCAGUUGCAGCAACUAUGGCACCACAAUUACCACCACACCCACCAUCCUCAACAACAUCAACAAGUUCGGUCAACAAGCGAAACAAAUCAGCAUCAUCAACCAAUUCUUCAUCGACCAAAGAAAGCCAUUCUGGCGGAGAUAAUGCGACUGCAUCAUUACGAAGAUAUCGAACGGCAUUCACCCGUGAACAACUCACCUUACUUGAAAAAGAAUUCAUACGCGAGAAUUAUGUGUCCAGACAUCGACGGUGUGAACUGGCGGCAGCGCUUGAUCUACCCGAAAGUACAAUCAAGGUCUGGUUUCAGAAUCGAAGAAUGAAAGACAAACGUCAAAGAAUGGCAUUGACUUGGCCGUAUGCCAAUCCUCAUCUCGCUGUAUAUAUGUUCGCAGCAGCAGCAACAGCCGCUUCGUAUGGCCAACCAGCAGCUAUGUAUUGGAAUCGUGCUGCUGCUGCUGCGGCAGCUGCUGCUACUGCACCACAAUCACCAUACAAUAGCCAUCAUGAUGAACAUCAACUACCAACUUCGGCCAAUCAUCAUCAUCAUCAUGAGCAAACAUCGGACGUUGAUCAAACAACCGGAAAAGUAAACCAACCAGGAGGAUAUCAUCCAUUAAUGAUUGGAGCACCGGCCGCUGGUGAAACAGUAUCACCAUUCAUGAUGAUGACCAAUGGUAUGGCCACUACUUGUCCCAUAAUUGGUAACUCAUCGGUGGAAUCAACGAAAGUGAAUUCACCUACGACUACAAUGAUCGCUACUAUGGAUCAAAUGGUUCGUCAUAAUGGUGCAUGCUGUACAUCGCCAUCAUUACCAUUGGUAUGUCUAGAUGUAAACAGUUCAUCCAUACAUUCUCCAACGACAACGACAUCAUCUUCCUCCUCGCCGUCGACAAUGGCUAUUGCUCAUUCACCAUCUAUGUCAAAAUUCAAACAGGAGCAAAUGAUACACAACAAUAACGGAAUUAUGAUGAUACCAACAUCAACGGCAGUAGAAAUGAAUCGUAAAAAAUUAUUUCAACCAUACAAAAACGAUCUAGAAAAAUAAUUAUUGUUUCAUUUAUAAUUUAUCAUCAUCAAGAAGAAAAGAGGAGGCCAUCUAGUCCGAUCAUUGGCUCCAUUCACUUAUAGAUACGUAGCAUUCUACCAUUGUACAUCUAUAACAGCAUCUAAUUAUUUAGCCAUUCAAUGCAUAUUUUUUUUGAUUAUUUUUUCCUGUCUGAUUCUCUUCUACUUAUUUUCUUGGAACAAGAACAGUGAAUACUUGAAUUACUCAUUAAAAUCAACUUAUUGCACAUCAUACACAAUGUAUACUGACACACACACACACACACACCAGCAAAAAUAUUUCAAUAUAGAAAUUUAAACAAUUAUUUUAAAACAAUACAAUACAAUACAAUAGAGAAAUGAUGUUGACAAAAAUCAUGUAAAGAUUAAAUACGGAUAAGGUGAUGGUUUCAAUUGCGAAGAAAAAUU